AGUGCUGCGUACUAAAAACAUCGGACGCUAGGGGAUCAAGACGCAUGCCACAUUGCCUCUAUGUGGGCACUUUAACAGAUCUUUCGGGGGGUUUUUCCCAGUAAGGGGGCAGUGGAGGGAGGCCUCUUUUUUUAUUUUCACUCUCUGAUGACUGUCUGCACGGCUGAUUAUUGAGUUGAUUGUUUAUUAUUUUGGCCACUGUUGUCCGCCGCCUUGUGCGUUUUUUUUCCUCCCCUUUUGGAUUCGGCGACCUAUUGCGCGCUCACCAAUGUCCUAUCCUCAGGGUUACCUCUACCAGCCCCCGGGCUCUCUGGCUCUGUAUUCAUGUCCGGCUUACGGGGCCUCGGCUCUGGCCGCCCCGCGGAACGACGACUUGGCGAGAUCGUCGUCUGGCUCAGCCUUCAGCCCAUAUCCCGGGUCAGCUGCUUUCUCCGCCUCGGCCGGCGCAGGCUUCUCCACUCCACUGUCAUACUCCACGGAUCCAACUACGGGAUUCCCAUCGUACAUGUCCUCUCCGUAUGACGCGCACACGACAGGCAUGGCCGGGGCGUUAAGUUAUCCUCCUUACGGGAGCCCGGGAUACCCCUUCCAGCUCAACGACCCGGCUUACCGCAAGAAUGCCACCAGGGACGCCACGGCCACCUUGAAGGCCUGGCUGCAGGAGCACAGGAAGAACCCGUAUCCGACGAAAGGAGAAAAAAUCAUGCUGGCAAUUAUCACCAAGAUGACCCUGACGCAGGUCUCCACAUGGUUCGCCAACGCUCGGAGGAGGCUCAAGAAGGAGAACAAGAUGACAUGGGCACCCAGGAAUAAGAGCGAAGACGAAGACGAAGAGGACGCGGACGGCGAGAGGAAAGAGGUGGAGCGCUCUGAAAAAAACAUGGACAACAGCGAGGCUUCGGCGGAGGAUGAAGGCAUCAGCUUGCACGUAGACACCCUGACAGACCACUCCUGCUCGGCAGAGUCUGACGGGGAGAAGGUCAGUUGUGUGGGUGAGCUUGGCUCUGAACAAGUCGGCGACAAAUGCGAAGAGGACGGCGAGGACCCGAACCGCGAUCAGCGGGUUCAGCUUUCACCCAAACCCGUCACAUCGUCGCCUCUGACCGGAGUGGAAGCUCCAGUUCUCAGUCAUCACCUUCACCACCACCACCUCCAUCAUCUCCACCAGCUCCACAACCAACGCGAGGAUUUAGCCCGGAGCCUCGUCAAUAGCAACAAUAUUAACACCAAUAAAUCCCCUUCAUGCCUUGACAACAGGCCUUCUUCGGGAGCGCCUCCGGUCAAACCCAAAUUGUGGUCGCUGGCGGAAAUUGCUACCUCGGACCAAAAGCAGCAACAUCAGCAACAGCAGCUGGGGCAGUCCGGGCAACCAAAUUGCCCCUCCUCUAGCGGUGUACUUCUCACUUCCCCAACGCCUUCCACAGCCUCCCCGGCUGCCAGUUCACCCUCCCUCUACCCGGCCCCCUCCAUCCUUGGAAGACCUAUUUAUUACACUUCACCCUUUUAUAGCAAUUACACAAACUAUGGCAACUUCAGCCCCCUGCAGGGUCAAGGAAUCCUGCGGUAUACUAAUUCAUCUGGAGUGAGUCUGGCUGCUGCCGCCGCCGCCGCCGCCGCCGCUGCUGCAAACGAGGGUCUCAGUUCUUCUCACCAGGCUCUGGAGGCCAGCACAAACCCCAAACACAGGCCAGACUCUCCCCUCGUUAAAAAUAAUCCAAACCAGAUUGUUGUUGAGCAGCAGCAACAGCAUUUCAGAACCGCAAAUUUAGAAGCAAAGAAAGGUAGGUGUCACAAUUGCUUUGACUAUAAAACGAGAAAGGACGCCACCCUUUAGCCUCACGUUUUAACCCACAUAACCUUUACUCCAAAUCGGAUCUGGUGCCACCAUUUAGUCGGAAUGACAGCUGCUACCGCUUUCUCAGCCCAAGACUGGGAAUUUCUCUACAGCUCACGUUUGUCAGAUUGUUAUUGUAUUAUUUCCGCCGUUUUGUUUGAGGCAUUUGGAUGAUAAUUACAUAUGUUGGUUUGAAACAGAUCUCCCAUUAUAUGUGAUUUACAUGUUAUUUCUCAGGUUCCUCUAGUUUGCUUAUUUGCCACGGUAUAUUAUUUCAGUAUAUAUUUACGUGUGGAAAACAAAAUUUGGCCUGAAACCGAGGUGUCUUGGGACGCAACUUGGACCGAAUUGAACUGAAGUGAACUUGAGGACUUCAAAGUGGAAUAGCCUACAUUUGAUAUUUAUUUUUUUAAAGGAUGGCGAAACGAUGCCUAUAAUUUAUGCAAGUUGUAUUGCAAAAAUGGGAAAUUGACAUCGUCUGUUUGUUUUGUAAAUAUAUAUAUAUACAUAUAUAUAUAUUAUGGACGGUUUUUAUUUGAAACGCAUUUGGGGAAAGGCGACCCAAUCUUGUUAUCAGGAGUACUUUUACUAAUUUAUAUCUUUGAAUGUAAAUAAAAUCAAACUCGCUGGUAUAGAUAUACUGGUGGGGUAUUA